AGACGAGGAGGACUCCAUGGAGGUCGAGAAAAAGGAGUUCGCUGAACACCAGAGAUGCUGGGAAAACAGAUUUGGCAAGGGAUUCGGAGCUUCGAGAUGUGAAAAUAGUUCGAUGGGAACUCAAGACUGAUUCUCUUGAUAUUAUUAGGAUGUCUAUUCAUGGUUUCAAAACUGUGCUCCGUCGUAGGCGCAGACUUUUCAAAAGAGUGAUGUCGCUCCAUGUUAAUGGUACUCCAGUCACCCAGCUGAAUCAUGGCCCAAAAGAGACCUACCACAUUGUUGAGAUCACUCUUGAUGGCCACGCCGUUUUCCAACUUCUUUUUCGACAGAGUGAUGGAUAUUUAGUUGCAUUUCGUCUUCUCAAAAACAAGAAAAACCUACUUGCCUGGGAGGGAUGGUUUCAUUUCAGUGACCCUGACAUCAAGUUACCUCUCUUUUUUGGCGAACGAAGAUCAGUGGAGUGGGCUUGUGGCUACCUGACGGCAGAUAAGGUGUCUAUUUGCAGACACACUAUGCAUUCCUUAGUGACAUGUGUUAUGGAUUAUAAACCAGCAAAUUGCACUAAGAAGAGCUUUGGAGGUUAUGAUAGGGUUAUACUGUUUCAAACAUGGAUGGUAUUGCUUGGGGAAUGCCAAAGAUCUGGCGUAUUCGUGGAAUUUGUUGAGCUCCACCAUGACAGUGAACAGCCGUCUCCAGUUGGUAUUGAACUUGAGGAUCAUCUCCAUAGUUGGGGUAAUUUCUGUAGGGCUGUCCUACACAUAUACCUAGCACUUUUGAUGAGAGACUAUGGAGAACGUGGUUGGGAAAAGGAAUUAGAGCUGGCUGAGUCUGAACUGUCACAAGCAGUUCUGGCUGUUACAUCUAAGGGUUACGAGCUUAUCAACAGGUAUAUAGUUUACGUCACGAGCCAGAUGGUACUGAGACUAAUAAAAUCAACGGUGAACUCUCCAUGCCUCUUCUCUUGGGUACUGAAGUUCAUCACUUGUUGCAUUUGAUAAAGUGCGACAGUGAACUUGUACAGGACAUUCACAAGUUGA